AUGGUCAUGGGCCUGGGGGACAUGGUCUACAAGAAGAGGCCAAUAAACAAAUUGCCACCUCCAUCCAACCUCCCUCAGGAAGAGAAAAAGGCUAAUGUAACUCCAGAAAUGAACAGCCUGAGCACCUAUCGAAUAAUUGCCUUUUGUUAUUCCACUGUGAUGGAGUCUGAGAAGUCUCAAGAUCCAGCUUGUGCAGAAGUGUCCAAAGGAAACAACCAGAGUCCAACUCUGGGAAGUAGCAUACUGAAAUACAGAAGUUGAUCCCAAGGUGCUGGAUCCCACUUAGAGUCCGUGGGAGAAGACGAUGAGCUGACAGUGGAAAAUGGUGAAUCGAAUUACAAAAUAGCGGUGAAAUAUUCCCGGGGUGGGAGAAAGCACUCUCUGCCCCAGCAGCUGGAGUUGGCAGGAGCCAGGCAGGACUACUAUAUCGUGAAGAAAUCCACCCGUUCCUUCAGUGCCGCCCAAGUGGAAUCUCCAUGGAGACUGACCCAGCCGUCCAUCAUUUCUAACAUUGUCCUGAUGAAAAGGCAAGGCAAGGUUUCUGAGCAGGAGAUGGAUGAAGCAAUUGCAUGCACUACUCACCAAGAGAGCAAGGAUACCAGCUCCUCUCAUGUCACAGGAGCUGUACAAAAAAGCCUGUCUCCUAGUGUGAAGGCCAAACAAGGAGAGACCUCAUCUCCCCUCAGCUGGACUAUGAAACGCUUCCUGGAGCCAGCAAGCCAGCAGGGAUCUGUCAGCUCUGAGGCAGAGUUUUCCCAGUACUUCUCACGUGACGGUACAAGCCAGCUCCCAUUUUCUGAUGCUGUAACCAGCUUCUGCGACGAAGAACAGCUCCAUCAGAAGAACAGAAACAGUUUGUUGGAUGAUGGCUCUCUUCUUUCUGCUGCUAGAGAAGCAGGAGUGGCAAAAGCAAAUGGUCUGGCUUCUCCAACUAGUGGGAGAUCGUCCGGCCUUCACAACAAGCAUGUGGAGUCUGUCCGACUCAGCAUCCUCAGCGACAGCCCCAAAUCUGCAUGCAGCCCCUUUCAUCGACAGAGGAGGGUUGUUUUCUACGAUGGUGACAUUAGUGAUGAUGAUGAAAGUUCCCACUUGCAAAGAAGCCAGAGGGCCAAAAGCCAGGAGGAUGCUGGCAUUGUCAUUACAACCUUGUCUGUAGAAAUCGAUGAUGAGAGCCAGGACAGCAAGUCACCUAGAUAUAUUGGCACAGAGACAUCUUCCCCUGUCUUCAGCAACUCCGUGGAGUCUGCAGACAGCAUGCUGGAGCAAAUUGACUCUCCUUUCUUCCCCAUCAUAGCAUUUGAUUACUCAAGUGUGCCUGAAGUUCGUCUCGGCAGCCUAAGUUUGAAGGAGCUCUGGGAAGCACAACUCGAAUCUAAGAGAUCGCCAAAACUUGAGCACAGAGCAGUCAUGAGAGUGAAAAGUAUGAUGAGCACUGAGUGCCAAAGCCUUCAGAGAGAGAGGACUGAGGAGCAUGGCUCUUAUAACAAGCCUGUUGCGAGGACGCUCCCUCACAGCAAGAAGUGUGAACCACCCAAUGGGGCCAGGCAGGGCCAGGGUGAAAUAGUCACUCUGGUUUGCAAUGAGCAUGAGUCAUUCAGCCUGGAUUUGGAAAUCCAGGCCAUGCCCUUAAAGGUCGUUGUCACAGGGCUGCGGCCAGGUGGAGCAGCAGAAAUGGGAUCAAUGGGCAAGAUGGCUGUAGGAGAUGAGAUUACCACCAUCAACAGUAUCCCAGUCAGUAAGAUGACAUAUGAGGAAAUCUGCUUGCUUAUGCAAUGUCUUCCCACAUCCGUAACCCUGGAGAUCCAGAAAGCAGCAUCAGCUGUCAGCAGAUUUACAAACCUCAUCCUGUCGCCAGGGGUAGACAGUCAAAAUCAGGCCGAUGUCAAGAGCAUCCUGGCAACUGAGGAAGAACCAAGUGCUGGGAAACAAGGAGCAGGUUUGCAAAAUGCUGGUGGUGGCUGUGCAGUGGAGAGAACAACACUGCCACCUGAUGCCACGAGCAAAGAUGUGCAAAGAGGUACCACGAAAAGCAGCCGUGCCGAGGACAGUGCUGCCAUCCCUGUCACUGAUAUUGAUGACUUGCUCAGCCAAAUGGGUGCUCCAGAGAGCAGGGCUUCGUGCACUCCAUCGCGAGCAGAAAGCCUCCUCCAAGAUGAGUACACCACGAUGUGCUGCUGUGGGACUGACAAAGGCUGUCCCGGUUCUGAGCCACAGCCAGUGAAGGAGGAGCUGCUGGAAAAAACUAUGAAUUGUGCAGCGAAUGCACAGGGGGUUUUGGGGCUGUCUGUGUUGGACUCCAUUAACACAGGCAAACUUUUUACUGUGAAUAAAAACUCUUUAAAUAACUAUUCUAGGAAUUUUAGCAGUUUAAGUGAGGAUUAGUUGCCUGCAGCAAACUCUCUGGAAGGUAAGAGAAGUGACCCGUUUCCAAAGUCUAUGUAUGGGGCUGCAGAGGAUUCUCACUCGGACGCAGAGUCUGUCACGGAAACCUUUGGUAGUGCUAGUGAUGUGUUGCUUGGGCUGUGUGAUGCUGCUAAUGCCCCUGCAGUCUGUACUGUAAUGGAGUCAGAUGAGGAGCAAAUUGAGAUCUGUUGCAUGAACAAUGAGCCACAAAAGCCCGCACAUGAGCAGCAUCUCACAUCUGUGACAAGCUCAUCCUCUCUGUCCCCACUGCACCCUUAUGGCAGCAAAGUUUUGCAAACUGAGGGCUGUGCAAUGUGUGGGUCACUGGAGACGAGCAUCAACAAACUAGGCUUGGAAGAUCAUGGUGGUCCCACUCCAUGUCUCUCACAGUGUUCAGAUGUGUCCUCUGCAUCCUUGUGUUCUCCUUCCUCAGUUUUCCUGCCAGAAAAAGACAUCCUAAAGAAUUCAGUCAGUAUCCCCGAAGUUUACUCUUUCCGUAACAAUGGUGCCUUAAGUACAGAAGAACAGAUGGAUUUGGGGAACAGUAAUGGACAUAUGAAAUGCUGUGAAUCCAUAGAAGAGGAAGGGUUUCUGCACUGCAAAAAGAUAAGCUUUUGCUCUGCUAGAAAUGUCAAUGGCUUGGAGAACAACUUGCUUGAGAAAGAAGGAUAUCAUGAUGAAGAGAGAUCCAAAUCUGAAAGCGAAAUGGUGGUUGAUGAAUGUAAUCAUGCUGUUAGUUAUUGCUUAGUGAAGAAAGAAACCAACAGUUUGUCCAACUUGUCUAAAAUAGACAGCAAUCAUGUGAAUGCAUUGUCACCAAGAGCAAUAUCACUCAGGUCUCCCUUUCCCACUAGAUCUAAAGAUCCAAAGGCUAAUACAACUCAUGACUUGCCAGGGAAAAAUGAGAAAAUUAACUCUGUGACUUCAGGAAGGACUUCAAAUGGAAAAGUCCAAAGCUCAGGCACAAAUCGCUGCAAAGGAGCUGCAGUACCGCACAGCCCAUCUUCAUAGAAAAAAUCCUGUCAGGAGUCUAAGGGAAUGGCACAAAAAUGUAUAAUGGAAACUCUUUUAAAUAACCAGAAGGCCAAAGCAGGACCAAAGCUAAAAGGCUUCACCAUCAAAAGCAAAGCAAAGGCAAAUUCAGAUUCUUCUGGCAUUAAUCCUACCAAAGUCAGUGGGGCUGAUCAGAAAAGGACUUCUGUUUCCCCGCAGCUGUCCCCCAACCUCCUGGGGAAGAAAACACCAUUGUCCUGUAACUCACCUACAAACACAGAUCCUGGCAAGAGCAUUUCAGCAGCCUCAAGGACUCUGAAGUCAGAGCUAGAAAAUAAACCAUCUCUGGUCAUUUCUGAAGAUUCACUUCUGCCUCUCAUGAAUGGCACCGGCAGCCCGACGAGUGGUGAAAUUAAAUGUGGUGGUUGUGGGGAGCUAACGGACCUGCAGCAGACAUGGGGAAAGCCAAAAGAAAAGCAAGUUUCCAUGUAGCCUGCAGUGUGUCAGGGUAAGGGUGUUAAGGUAGAUGGUUUCAGAGCCAGAGACAGUCAGUCCAAAGUCACUUCAUCUCCUCAGGGGAUACAAAUAGUUGAAUAUGUGAAAGGGAGGACUGAGAACCCUGGAGCAGGCCUGAACGUGAUCAAGAGCAUCUAUAGUGCAGAUGACCUUAGGCAAUUAGAUCUGCAAAACGUAGGACCAUCUGUUGGAGGCUCCUCUUCGUUGAGAACCCCUGCAAUUCAGCAGGAGCAGCCGGAAGGGCAGGAGAUUCAGCGCACUUUCAUUGAGGUGAAGCUUUCCUCCUCCUCCUCUUCCUCCUCCUCCUCCUCUUCCUCUUCCUCACCAGCAUUGUUUUUGCAGUUGCCAUUGCUGGAGAAAACAGAAGAGGCGAACGCAGAAGUGCCUCAGCUGACUGAGGAGAUGGGGACCACGCAGUAUUUCUCGAAAGUGGGUACCGCCAGAGACAAAAAUCUCUAUGGCUUGUCGAAACCUGUGACGAGGAGUUACUCGAUGCCAGCCCAGUUAUCAGGUCACUUGAGGGAGGACUGCCAUGUUGCAGAGGUUCAUCCCGUGCAAGGCCCACAGGGCCAUGCUGCAGAGGAGAAAUACUCCCAGGCAGCAACGGGGAUGUUAAAGAUGGUCCAUCUCAACCUGCCAAAUGGCCAGAGCAGGAAGGAGCAGGCGUAUGCCUCCAAAAGCAGCCAGAGGGUGCAUGACACAUCCCCCUCAGCCAGUGACAUCAGCUGCCCCGCUGCCGAUAAGCUGAGGAGCUUCAGGAGGAAUUACUACUACUACGAGCUGAACUGGUCGCAUGAACCUACCUUGUUCUUCUCCGUCAAACAAAGGAUCAAAUCCUUUGAAAACCUGGCAAAUUUUGACUGGCCCAUCGUGAAGGCCAUUGAUAUACAUUCGGCUGCGAGGUCCCCCCUCACCAGGAGGUCGUGUGGUGGGAUGGCUGCCGCAGCCAGCCCUGCCGAGACGCUGCGGGCCUUGCAGCACAGCUUGAGCUCCUAUGGCAGCAGCCCAAGCCCAGCUGACGACGUGGCCAAGUCGCCUGCCAGCACGGAGCUAACGCAUGUGGCAGAGGGUGGCAAGGGGGAAGGAAAGCCCCAGAGGAGCGAGGAGGAUGGUGCUGGGGCAGACCCAUCUGCCUUUCCUCCCUCAUCCUCGCAGGCACGCUGCAGCUGGGGCUUGGGGUGGCCGCCACUGUUCCGCUCCAGGCUGCGGGAGCUGAGGGUCCUCAGCAUGCCCAACCUGGACAAGCUGUGCAGAGACAGCUUCUCAGGGCCGCUGCAGCCCGCGUGUUUCAAAACGGAGCUGGAAAUCACACCCUGGAGAGCCCUUGGCUUGCCCUCCCAGAGUGAUGUAGCCCCCCUGGCUCGCUGCAGCCCCACUGAGGUGGGUGGGAUGGGGAUGGAUGCUGGCAGCCCUAAGGACAGUGGCUCAGGGACACCAGGGUCCACUUCAGACAAUGAUGUGCCCCAUGGUGGCUCUCCAGAUGGGGAGCGCUCAGAAAACAGCUGGUCUGUCAGCUUGGAUCAGCUGCUUGUCUCAAGCCUGGACCAGCAAAAAUUGCAAUCUGUUUUGUCAGCAGUAGUACCAAAAUGUGACGUUGCUGCUAUGCUUCAAGAAGUCAAAGCACAAGCAAAAAGCAAAGAAGAUGCAUGCUUUGUAGUCUUGUGCAAAGAAGGAGGAGCUGGCCUGGGAUUUAGUGUUGCUGGAGGAAUAGAUCUGGAACAGAAAUCAGUCACAGUCCACAGAGUGUUUUCAAAGGGAGUGGCAUCUCAAGAAGGGACUAUUCAUCAAGGAGAUCUUGUUCUGUCAAUCAAUGGCAAGUCUCUUGCGAGCUUGGUCCAUGGGGAUGUCCUGAAUGUUCUCCAUCAGGCAAGACUAUACAAAUACGCAGUCAUUGUCAUCCAGAAGGAAAAAGACAAAGCAAACACUUUCUCCAGACUUGAGAUAUCAGCUACUGGCAGAAAAUGUGUGGGGUCUGGAAAGGAUGUUUCCAUGGAAAUAGGAACAGAUCCAAACCUGGAUAUGAAUGAUGUCAUCUGUGUUGAAUUAUUGAAAACCUCUGCUGGCUUGGGAUUCAGUCUUGAUGAUGGAAAAGCUUCCAUUGCUGGAGACAGGCCCUUGCUUGUAAAAAGAAUAUUUAAAGGUGGUGCUGCAGAGCAAUCUGGAAACAUAGAAAGUGGAGAUGAAAUUCUUGCUGUUAGUGGAAAAUCAGUACUUGGCCUCAUGCAUUACGAUGCCUGGAACAUUAUUAAAUCUGUGCCAGAGGGCCCUGUUCAGUUACUAAUCAGAAAACACAGAACUUCAGUAUGAUGGAAGCACUACAUCUAAUCACAC